CUCUAUAGUGAAGAUAAUUUAUUCAAUAAAAUGGCGGCACCCGCGAAAAGAACGUGUGAAGACCACAGCAAUGUUUCCUCAAAGAUCUCAACUGUUUCUAGGGAUGAAACGAAGUUGGAAGACUUUCUAAGCUGGACAAGUGAAAACAAGCUUUGGCUUUCUCCAAAGGUUGCUGUCUCCAAGCAGGGUUCCUGUGCUCAGUAUGGCAUGCUAACCACAGACAAUGUGGACAGUGGAGAAUGCCUAUUUAAAGUUCCUAGAAAGCUACUUCUACAUCCCAAAACUUGUGCAAUAUCCCGUUUGUUAAAAAAAGAAUCAGCUGCCUUGGUGAGUGAGAGUGGCUGGGUGCCCCUCCUCCUGGCCCUUAUGUACGAGUACAAUAACCCGGAAUCUACAUGGCGGCCUUACCUUGACCUUGUACCGGACUUCAGGGAGCUUGACCUCCCGAUGUUUUGGCCUGAAUCUGAGAGAGCGUCUCUGCUUGGUUCUGCUAAUGGGAUCCUCAAAUGUGUGGAAAGAGACAUAAAGUCACUGACAUCGGAAUUCACAACCAUUGUUCUGCCAUUUGUACAGAAGCACACAGAUGUGUUUGGUCCUGCCUGUGAGAAUGUGGAGCUAUACAAGAAAAUGGUGGCCUUUGUGAUGGCAUACAGUUUUACUGAACCAGUGGCAGAUGAUGAAGAUAAAGAAGAUGCUCCCUCCAAAUCUGCCCCGAUGAUGGUGCCAAUGGCCGACAUACUUAACCAUGUAGCCCACAACAACGCUGAGCUUCGUUUUGAGAAAGAUUUCUUGAAAAUGGUUUCAACUUCUAAAAUUGCCAAGGGUGCUGAAGUGUUCAACACCUAUGGUAUGCUGUCCAACAAAGACGAACUACACAUGUACGGCUUCUCUGAGAGAUAUCCCAACAACGACAAAGACACAGUAGAUAUACCAGCCUCAGUUCUGAAGACAACUGCUGAGAAUCUGGAGGCCAAUCAGACAGAUAAAACACUUCUGGAAGAGAAAUGGGAGUUUUUAAUGGAACAGGAGGUGGUUGGAGAAGAUGAUGCUUUUGUGUUGAGUAAUGAAUCUGUAGAGACGUGUGAUGAAUUGGAGACAACUCUCAAGGUACUGGAGAUGACCAGAGGUGAAUUUGAGGAACACCAGGAGAAAGAUGGAUGGAGUGAAGAUGAAGGAGACGAGGAAGAAGACGGUGAUGAGAAGUGGAUGUUUGUUCCAAAUGGAAUACCAAAACUGAAGGAGACAUGGAAAAAGUUACUGAAAGGGUGUGCUGAGAAGUGUCUAGCAUUGUACGAUACCAGUCUAGAGGAGGAUGAGGAGUGUCUGGCGUCGGGACUGGACAAACUGUCUCAGCGACAGAAAUAUGUGUUGUACACUGACCACGGACAGAAACUCAUCCUACAGAAACUGUUGGACAGUUGUAGCUGAUUGUGUUCCUAGUUGUAUACUGUACAGGUAUACAGGGAAACUUCUAAAUGCUACAACCAAGUGUUCUCAAGUGUUGAAUCACUACAUGUGCGAUGAUGUGGAUAUAAAACGUUACAAUACAAAUUGUUGGUAGCCCCUAGGGAACACAAUUUGUUCAUGGCCUAUCAUCUGUAUAUAGUAAACUUACCAUCACAAUGUAUUUAGUUCUUAAUUAACAAUAAUAUACAUGUAUGUGCAUUACUUUUUGAUUGUCAUGAUCUUUAUGCCUCAGACAUGUACUAAGAGAUGCAAGAAAACUAUGCAUGUGAUGUUUGUAUCUAGUAAGAUUGAAUGUUUCCAAAUUAAUAAGAACUUAAUCGCUUUCCAUCUUUUUCCAAACAUGCAAAGAAUACACAUGUACAUUGUAUAUAGAUGUUAGGUGAAACCAUCUUGGCAUUAUUUGCCACAUUCAUCAUAAAGACAUGGAAAUACAUAGCUGUAAUGAUUAAGGAAGAUAUCAAGCAAUUAAAUUUCAAUAUACGGUAAUCAA